AGUCCCCAGCUCCGGCAUGAGGCCGGGCUGAGCGAUGUGCGAGCAGGCAGCGCGCUACUGCCGGGCGGGCGUGCAGAGGCUGCUGCGCAAGCCUCCGCCGGCGCUCCGCGGGCUGGACGGGCUGCUGCGCUGGGUGGUGGCCAGGAUGGGCGACAAGGCGGUCGCCGAGCGGGAGCUGCUCAACCCGGGCGCCGCCGCCGCGCAGAGGAAGGGCACCUCCGUCAUCCUCGAUAUUUUCAGAAGAGCUGACAAAAAUGAUGAUGGGAAGCUGUCCCUGGAGGAGUUUCAGGCCUUUUUCUCAGAUGGGACACUCAACGAAGAAGAACUUGAGAAGCUCUUCCAUACCAUCGACUCGGACAACACCAACAACGUGGACACCAAGGAGCUGUGCGACUAUUUUGCUGACCAUAUGGGAGACUACGAAGACGUCUUGGCCUCGCUGGAGACGCUGAACCUCUCCAUCCUGAAGGCGAUGGACUACACCAAACGGGUGUACGAGAGCGGCAGCAACGUGGACCAGUUCGUGACCCGCUUCCUGCUGAAGGAGACGGCGAACCAGACCCAGUCGCUGCUGAGCUCCGUGGAGAGCGCCGUGGACGCCAUCGACGAGCAAACCAACCCCGCCAGGCACUACCCCAGCAAGGCUGGCCACGGUCUGAUGGACACCUGGUACGACAGCCCUGUGCCCAGCUACUCUCCCACCAGCCGGAUGGUCCCCAGGGAUUAUGGGAAGAGCUUCCAGACUGGUUCCCCCGACACCAAGGCGGAGGGCCUGGAGGGGCAGAUCAACAGGCUGGCCGAGCUGAUCGGCAGGCUGGAGGACAAGACUCUCUGGUUCGACCUGCACCAGCGGCUGUCGGACAGCGAGAGCACGGCUUGCACGUACCUCCUCCUGGUGCGGGACGAGAUGACGGUGUCGCACAAGCACCUGGGCGAGUUCAGCAGCUCCCUGAAGCAGUACCUGAAGAGCGUGGCCGGGGAGCGGGAUUGCUUCCACGUCACCGCAGUGAAGCUGCCCGAUGGGGUCACCUUCAUCGUCUACGAGUUCUGGGAGACUGAGGAGGACUGGAAGAGGCACCUGCAGAGUGCCACCUGCAAGGGCUUCCAGCACGUCAAGGUGGACACACUGAGCCAGCCCGAGGCCAUCUCCAGCGUGGCCGUGCCAGCCGCCUGGUGCACCCUGAGCAGAGAGUGACCGCCGGUGCCGGGGGGGCCGCCAGCGCCUGUCCCCACUGUGGGGUGGCUGCGAUCCCCAGCAUGUCUGGGGCGGGGGGGGGGUGGGUGGGAGGUGUCGGUGUGACCUGUCUGCAGUGAAGGAAACCCCCGUGUGCGUCCCCAGCACCCCAGAGAUCCCCCCCCACAGCUACCCCAUCACCUGGGUCACCUCUCUGGGGGGCGUGGGGGGGUGUGUGCGUGCAUGUGUUCUGGGGUGGGGUGUCACCCAGGGAUCUGCCAGGGAGGGGCUGGCAGGGUUUUUGGGGGGCAUGCCCCAGGCAGG